UACUCCCCAUGAAAGGUGGGGGACCCUGGUUGCGGGCAGAGCCUAGCCUCCUGGUGAGCAGGUGGGGCCAGGAUUGGGCAGGAGCCUGAAAGUACAGGAAGGAGCUGUCAGGAAGAGCCCUGGCGUCUCUCCCCUGGGGCACAGCACUUUGCGUCCUGCUCUCAGCACCUGCUUCUCUGCCAACAGAAGCGCUGUCUGGGGUGUCUGAUCCCGGGAUCCCCAAGAGGGUGAGUGGCAACAGCCUGAGCUCACAGGGCCUCUCCUCCCUCCAGGACCUGGGUGCCCAAGAGGUGCUGAAGAACCGAGCCCCCUGCCCACCCAGGCCACCCUAGGCCAGGUGGGGCCAUGGCAAGGCGUGGCUGUCUGGGGCUGGGGCUGUUCUACUGGGUCCUGCUUGCUGUCCCUGUGGGCCCCCAGCCUGCCUCCUCUGUCCCCGUGGUCCCUCUCACCACUCUGACCCCGCCACCGCAGAGUGAGGCCUCUGUGCUGUCUCUCAACCUGGGACUUAACUUCAAAUUCCAUCUUCGGGGCCCUGCUGCUGUCUGGGGGAGCCCUGUCACAGAGACCCAGCCUCUCUCUCCUGGGCCAGGCCGGGAGCCAGGGGAAGAGGUAGCCAGUGGGCUGAGGACCGAUCCCCUUUGGGACCUGCUCGUGGGCUCCCCAGGGAACCCUCCUUCAGAGUGGGGCUCUGCCGAAGGCAGCGCUACACCCUGGGCCUCAUCCCUACCUCCGGAGUCCACGUCCCACAUCUCUGGGCCCACCGAUCGGCCCACCGCUCCCUAUCAGCCCAGGAUGGGUACUGUGACCUGGGACACUGCUCUGACGGCUGCAGCGCCUCCAUCCAGUGCCCCCAGGCCCCAGCAGAACGAGCUGGAGCUGAAGUUUGAUGUGGCGCUGAGAGCAGGUGCAGCCCCCACGCUGGGGCACCGGACGCUGCCCCUGCUGCCCAGCCUGCGGGCCAGCCUGGCAGAGAUUGCUGGGCGCCUGGGACCCUUUGGGUUCUUUGGCACCACUCUGUCUCCGCUCCGGAAUUUAUCUGGCUCCAGCCCCCCAGGUGCCACAACAGCCCCCAGCUCUGCCUCCAGCUCUCCAGGAGCUGCUGGGUUCUUUGGCGCCACUCUGUCCCCGCCCCCAUCCCCUUUGCAGAGAGAGCUCUCAAGCCCAAGCCUGCUGGACCCAGCUGUUUCCCUAAGCUCUGCCUCAGUAGGAGCAACAUCACCAGACCCCAGCAUCCCCACCUCUGGCCCAGACGACCUGUCUCCCGGCAGCCCGGGGAGCCCUUCGCUGCAGCCAGAGUGUGCACCAGAGCCUUGCAGCCUGGGGGAUCUGCCUGCCGGCGACGGGCAGCCUCCUGCCGCCACACUGCCCCUCUUCUUCCUGACCCUGGAGGCCAACUGGGCCGAGGCCAGGGCUCGCUGGGGGCUGGCCUGGGAGGCCCACGUGUACGGGGUAGGUGCGCUCUUCGGCCUGGUGGUCCUGUUGGCAUUGCUGGCCCUGGCCCUCCUGCCCUGGCGCUGCCCACCUGGCGCCCCCUGCCUGGCGCUGCUGGACCUGCUGCUGCUCUUGGCCGGGACCACGCGGGCCUUCCCUCUCUUCUACGACGCCUAUGGGCACCGGGAGCGGCUGCCCGCGCUCGCCUGGCUACUGCUGCAGGACCUGCCGCUGCCCUGCCUGGCCGCCGGCCUGGGGCUGGCCUGCCUGCUGCUGGCCCGGCCGCGGCGGCCGCGGUGCCCGGCCGGCCUGGCCGCCCUGCUGCUCCUUGGGCUGGGCCUGGCAGCCGCCGCAGCCCUGGGGAGCGCUGCGCACCGCCCUCUGCGGCCCCUGCGCCUCGCCUCUCGCGGGCUGCACGCCUUCCUCGCCGCGUCGCUGUCGGGGCUCCUCCUGGCGCUCUCCUGCUGGCGGGGCCGGCGGCGGCGGCGGGCUGGGGCGCCCCUGGGAGGCUCUGGCUUCAAGGGCGCCACCCCUCUCCCGCAGGCGCGCAGCCCUUUCGCCCCGCGGGAGUCCUGGCGGCGCGCGGCACGCACCGCCCCAGUGGCUGGCACCUUCGGGCUGCUGAGCGGGGCCCUGCAGGGCUAUGAGGUGCUGCACGCCCUGGGCUAUGGCGGCCAACCUGGCCUGGAGGGGCCCUGGUCCUGGUGGGCCUUCCAGCUAGGCCUGCGCCUGGGCGAGGUGGGCGUUGCGCUCCCGCUGGCGCUGCUGGGCCUCUACCCGGCGCUCUGCAACCCCAGAGUGCCGCCACGUUGCUGGGCGAAGCUCUUCCGCCUGUCCCCUGGCCACGCGGCGCCCCUGCUGCCUGGAGGUUGGGUCCCUGGGCCCCCAGACAAGGAGCCCCUGGGUAGCGCCAUUGCGCGUGGUGAGGCGGAACUGCUGCAGCUGUGCGCGCUGGCGGGACCGGGCCCAGAUCUCCUGCUCCAGGGAGCCGGCUGCCGGGGCUUCGAAGGCGCGGCGGCCAACCCGGGCCCAUCCCCGGCCUCCUCCCCCUGCAGCGAUGCCACCGUGGACUUCCGCCCGCCCUCCCCAAUCAACCUGCGGCGCAGCAUCGAGGAGGCCCUUUGCAGCGAGGCCCUGCUCACCCCCGGCCUCCUCCAGGGCCCUGCCUUCGGGGACGCCCUGCCUGGGCUCGGCCUCUACCGCACUGCCUCGCUGGGAGCGAAGAUCCGGACCGGGCCCAGUGGGAGGUUGGAGGAGGACCCUGGCUCGCCGGUACCCCCAGAGCUCCCCUCCCCGGGGGCUUGGCCCCCGGGCAGCAGCGCCUCCUCCGGCUCGCUGUGCGGACUCUCGCGGGACAGCUCGUCCAUGCUGCUGUGCUCCUGCCCCGACAGGCCCCCGAGGUGCCCACUGGUCUGCGCCCUCGGCCCUCCGCGGGCCUCAGGAAGCAGCCCCAGCCUCCCCGCCUCAGGAUCCUACCAGGCCCUGUCCCCGCCCUCCUGCAACUCCCCAGAGCAGGCUGAGGAGGCCUUGCUGCGGGAGCAGUUCCUGGACGCCUGCCGACAGAUCGACGAGCUAAGCAUGGGCAGUGACACCAUAGACCUGUGAAGCGCAGCUGCCUCCCUGGCUGCCCCACCCCACAUCCCUCUCGGGCUCCUGCUCGGCCUGAGACCUGCACACUGUAACUCUCUCCCAGUCCUGCCUGGCUCAGAUGCCUCUCUCCCGUCGCCUUCCCUAUGGGGGCCCCCAUGGGUGGGCGGGUCAGCAGCCAGGCUCUGUUGAUUGGGAACCAGUGCCACGCUCUCUGGAGCCCUGGGUGCGGACGCCUUCAGCUGCGAUUCCAGGCUGGCAGGUGCCCCUCUGUCCUUGGCAUUCACCAGCAAUAAAGCCCCAAGGUGCUCCACUCCCGACCACCUCUCCCUGUUUCGGUGCUGAGUCAGAGGGGCUGUCCCCAGAAGCCCUGGGGACCCACCUCAGGGCCCAUACCCACCUGUGCCAUGCCAAGGAAUCCCACACCUGUGUGAGUGAGACUCCCUAUCCUCCCAGGGAGCUUCCCCAGGAAAGGGUCUAUGCCCCAUGGCCCACCUAGCAGCCUUGACAGCAGUUGGGUAGGGGUGAUGGUGGUGAACGCAUUCAGAGUUAAUUUAUCAAUAAAAUAUUUUCA